UUUGCGCGCGCCGGUCACGAGUCCCGGCGUUGACACUUCCGGGUGGGACCUAAGUGAGGCUUCUGGGCAGGGGCUGGCAGCUCCGGCGGCGGUCAUGGCGUAUCACGGCCUCACGGUGCCUUUGAUCGUGAUGAGCGUGUUCUGGGGCUUUGUCGGCUUCGUCGUGCCCUGGUUCAUUCCUAAAGGUCCCAACCGGGGAGUUAUCAUCACCAUGUUGGUGACCUGUUCAAUUUGCUGCUAUCUCUUUUGGUUGAUUGCAAUUCUGGCCCAACUCAACCCUCUCUUUGGACCACAGUUAAAAAAUGAAACCAUCUGGUAUCUGAAGUAUCAUUGGCCUUGAGGAAGAAGACAUACUCCACAGUGCCCAGUCAUUGAGGUCACGAAGAAAAUUUCUUCUAGAUCCAAAAGCACCUCUGAACCCAGACCGCCUUCUUUGACUUGCCUAUUUUGGGCAUCAGCUGCCUUCAACUAAGUUCACACCAUCUUUGAAGAUCUUUUCCUACAAUGCAGUAAUUUUUCCUUCAUCGUUUUUUACACUUUGAUGAAAGAUGGGCCUACUUAACCUAAGCUGUGCUAACUCUACAAAAUGUACAUGCACUCCUCUGAGGGAGAAGGUGCUGUUUUUCUGAGAACUCUGUUACUCUUGCCUUGGCAUCUGUGGAUUUGAAGAUAGCUCCUCCCAGCUCACAACAUAGGAAUCAGCAGUGUGUUGAGAAACUGCCGCAAGACAAAUAAGACUCCAGUGGGGCAGUCAGUUGGAGAUUGUGCUCAGAAAGAUCUGUCCCAGCAGAUUUACACCAAGCUAUAUUUUCAGGAUGAAUUUCUUACAUCUGCCAUCAUUUGGAAUAAAAUAUUUUUCUGCUUUCUAUGGAAA